UAAGGAGCGGGAGACUGAGGCAGGAAGGUUGGAGCUGGCCAGGGGCCACCCGCCAAAUGUCACCCGGGGGUGCGCGUGGGCGGGGGCAAAGCUUCAGCGCUUGGCUGGCGGUUGGUCCUGCGCUGGCGGUUGGUCCUGCUCGCGGCUAGCAGGACCCCCUAGGUCUCGAGGGACGGAUUCUAAACCACUGCACGUUGCCCAGGAGACCCCAGUGAUGGCACUGUGGACUCGCCUGUAUGGCCGCGUCCUGGAAAGCUCUAGGGUGAUGCCCACCAUCAGUGAAGAAGGCCCUUCAGGAGGAAGUGAAAACCAUGGAUCUGGCUGCCCUUCACAACCAGAUGCAGAUUCCCAUUUUGAACAGCACAUGAUGUCCAUGCUAGAAGAAACAGACAUUGCUCAGAGCACACUGAUAGAGACUCAAGAAACAUUGGCGUUGACCCAGGGGAAAUUACUCGAGGUUGGUCAUGAGAGAGAUUCGUUGCAGAGACAACUCAAUACUGCGCUUCCACAGGAGUUUUCAACGCUUGCAAAAGAGCUCAACAUUUGCAGGGAACAGCUGCUUGAGAAGGAAAAAGAAAUUGCUGAACUCAAAGCAGAAAGGAACAACAUGAGGCUGUUCCUGGAACAUCUGGAGUUCCUUGUCUCCAGGCAUGAACGCUCUCUCGAAACGACUGUGAUGAAGCGGCAGGCGCGGUGUCCUGCCGGUGUGUCCACAGAGAUGGAAGUGCUAAAAGCACUGACAUUCUUAUUUGACCACCACAAGACCCUGGACAAAGAGGUGCGAGAGCAAUUACGUGUAGCACUGCAAAGGUGCAGCUUGCUGGAAGAGGAACUGGGCGCCACGCACAAGGAGCUAAUGACUCUUAAAAAACAGAAUAAUGAGAAAAAAUCACCAAGAGAUGGAGUGCUUGACCAUGAACAAGAAGAAACACCAAGCACUAAUGGAAAGUUGCUAGCUUGCAGAGAAGAAGAACGAGAUGACAAGACAACGAUAAAAUGUGGAACUUCCCCUCUCUCCUCUCCGAAGUCCCUUCAGCUAGACAGGCUGCACACAGGGGCAUUGCAAAUAGUCAGCCACGAGGACAUCAGGGACAUGCAAAAAUCAAAAAGUGCCCAGGAUGGUCCUGUGAGCAAUCCCAGUAGCAGUGACAGCAGGCAGGACUCGCCCCACAAAGCCCCAAAGAAGAAGGGCAUCAAGUCCUCCAUUGGUCGUUUGUUUGGCAAAAAGGAAAAGGGUCGGCCUGGACAAACUGGCAAAGAAUCACCAGGACAAGAAACCUCAUCUCAGGAUGCGUUCCGACUUAGCAAAUUGGGAGGAAAGGCUGAAAAAAAUCAAAAAUUUCAAAAAAACUCGACAGGCUCCCAGGAAGGUCCUGUGAACAAUCCCAGUACCAGUGACAGCAGGCAGGACGCGCUCCACAAAGCCCCAAAGAAGAAGAGCAUCAAGAUUUGGGGGCUUUUCUUCUCUUUUGUAGCUGUUGUUUCUGAAACGGAAAACUCAUCUCAGGAUGCCUUCCAACUUAGCAAAUUGGGAGGAAAGGAUGAAAAAAAUCAUCAACUUCAAAAAAAGCCUGAGUUGCUGGAGGAAGCCCAGAGGCAAGGCUUACCAUUUUCACAGUGGGACGGGCCAACCGUGGUUGAAUGGCUGGAGCUCUGGGUUGGGAUGCCUGCUUGCUAUGUGGCUGCCUGCAGAGCAAAUGUGAAAAGUGGGGCCAUCAUGUCAGCUCUGUCAGACAGACAGAUCCAGCAAGAGAUUGGCAUCAGCCACCCUCUGCACAGACUGAAGCUGCGGCUGGCCAUCCAGGAAACCCUGUGGCUCACCAGCCCUUCGGCUCCACCCACAUUGAAAAAGACCACAGGAAAUGUCUGGUUAACACAUGAAGAGAUGGAAACACUCGCAGCCACAUCUCAGAUGGAAGAUGAGGAGGGAAGCUGGAUUCAGACACUUGCAUAUGGGGACAUGGACCACGAGUGGAUUGGCAAUGAGUGGCUGCCCAGCCUGGGCCUACCUCAGUACCGAAGCUAUUUCAUGGAGUGCCUUGUGGAUGCUCGGAUGCUGGACCACCUGACCAGGAAAGACCUGCGGGGGCGGCUGAAAAUGGUUGACAGUUUUCACAGGAACAGCUUCCAGUGUGGACUUAUGUGCCUGAAAAGGUUAAAUUAUGAUCGUAAAGAACUGGAAAGAAGAAGAGAAGAAAGUCAGCAUGUAGUUAAAGAUGUGCUUGUUUGGAGCAAUGAUCGAGUGAUUCGCUGGGUCAUAUCCAUUGGCCUUAAAGAAUAUGCAAACAACCUCAUAGAGAGUGGGGUUCAUGGCGCACAGCUGGCCUUAGAUGAAGCCUUCGAUUACAACACAUUGGCCCUGUUGUUACAGAUCCCGACAGAGAACAGAAAGGCUCGAAAUGUCUUGGACAAAGAAUUUGCCGACCUUUUGGUCCUUGGGACUGUCAGACGUUUUGAUGUUGAGCAUGACAAACACUUUAGGAGAGCACCUUCAUGGAGAGAGAAGGUUAGAGAAAAGGCCAUUCAUGGCGUGGCAACUGGGUCAUCAGAGACACUCCCUGCAAACUUCCGAGUCUCUUCUUCCAAGUCUUCCCACUCUGUGCAGCCCAAUGAGAUCCAGAUGGAUGGCAGUGUAUCAGAAACACAGAAGUUGGAUUCUGCGACAGUCAGGACUUCCUCCCGUUAAGCCUCCUGUUGGUGAGUAGAGAGCAGCGUAAUCCCUGGAGAUCAUCCCUGUACAGCAGGGUGAAGCUGUAACAGGGCUAACAGUGUGGGUUUAGACCAUGCCAAUUUACAUGGGGAUCUUCAAAAUGACAGAAAUAGUAGCUCUGUACCCAUCAAGGCGAUUUUGGUUUUUAGCUGACCAUAAAGAGGGCUGUGUGUCAUUUUUGUUCUGUUAACUUUUAUUUUUAUUAGUAAGUUAGUUGUACUUAAAUUCAUCAUGGAGAGUUGGUACCUGUACUAGGACAUCUUAAAUCUUUUUACCUCCCCUCUCCUGUGUCCCUUGUGUCUCCAGUUUUAAAGAAAAACACGUGCCACUGAGUAAAUCCUGGAAAAACAGGACUUUUUGUCUUGUAAGCUGACAAUAAAUUGCACCUUGAGCAAUCUUGCAUCUUGCCUGAUUUAGGAGCCCAGUUCUCAAAUGAUCUGUUUUUGACAGUGGGUUAUUACCGAGAUCCUCCUUUACCAUUUGUUAAUAUUUAUCUAACUUUGCCUGUCUGUAUUUGUUUUAUGAAGUUGGGCAUGUUAUUAUUCAGUGUGUUUAUAAUCGUCAUCCCUUCCUAUGGAAUUAUUCACUUCACCUAUGUGUAGUGACUUUCUUUGUCUCUUCUGACUAGUUUUGGCUUGAAGUCUACUUUGUCUAAAGUUAAUAUCACUACAAAAUUUACACAUUUUGGGUUUUGUUGUAAAACAGAGAAAAAAAGUGAUCUAAAGGAUACAACUGCAAGUGUGUUUAGGUGUGUUAAGAUAAAUGAACAUAUUACUAAAUUUUUGUUGGAUCACUGAACACAACUGUUUGCAGUCUCACUGUUUGAAUGUCCACUUUGUAUGCUUUAAUACUGUAACUUGAACAACCAUUUCUAAGAUGACAAUAUGUAAUCUAUUAUAAUUUCUUACCUUUUUUUGCAAUUCUGUAUUACUUGUACCAUUAUACUGUUUUUUCUUUUUUUUUUCUUUUAAAUAAAAAAAAUAAAGUUAGGAUCACUACUUCUUUCUCUUUUCCUGCGUGGAAUAUUAUUUUCCAUCUUUUGAUCUUUAAUCUGUGAAUUUCUUUUUGAAUUAAAUGUGUUUCUUGAUUCCUGCGUAUCAUAGGAUUUUGUUUCUGGAUCAGUUCUGCCAGUCUGUGUCUUUUGGUGGGGAAUUGAAACCAUUUCACACUGAGAGUUUUUACUGAAAACUAUCGACUUAUUCUUGUUGAUAUUCCUUUCCUUUUUUUUUUUUUUUCUUUUGCUUAACUGCUCAUCACACCGGGUAUAUUCAUUCUUUUUGAUUUAUUGACAUUGUUGGCUUUAUUGUUGUUUUCCAGAAAUACCCUUAAAAUUUUUGUUUCUUUUUAAAUCUAUUUUACUUUAAAGAGAAAAAAAAGAAAAACAAACAAAAUUUCAAAGCACAAUAAUUAGAGAUUGUUAUCUUCAAGUCAGUUGAAAUUUUUUGGUAAUGCUGGUUUGGUGGCCAUGAAUAUCUUGUCUUCUUGUAAUGGAAAUACUUUAUGUCUGCAUCAGUUAUGAAGGAGAGUUUUGCAGGAUGCAUAAGUCAGGUUUGGAAGUUAUCUUUUAGAGCUCAAAACACUUCAGUCCUCCUGGCCUUGAAGUUUUGUGUUGAGAGGUCUGGUGUAAUUUUAAUGCGUUUACCUUUCCAUGUAAUUUGUUGCUUUUCUGUAAUAGCACUUAAGAGUUUGUCUCCUGUGAUAGGUUUCUGGUACUAAAAGUAUAAUAAGCUCUCUUUUGAUCAUGCCUCCACUUAUUGGUGUGCUUGUUUCUUUUCCUGUAUUUGGGGAGUUUUCUGCCAUUAUUUCAGUGAAUAUUUUUAUGCUGUUAGUGUUAUCUUCUGAUUUAUCGCUUUUUCCAAUUACUCAUAGGCUUUUUUGUGUCAUCCAGUGGUUGAGUCCAUUUUUCAUGUUGUCUUGUUGGUUUGUGUAGUUGGUCUCUGAAAGCACCACUGCCUUCGAGUUCUGAAAUUCUGUUCUCACACUGGUCAUUUCUGCAGCCCAAACUUUCAAUAUAAUUUUUAAUCACCUGGAUUUCUGAUUUUAACCUUCUUAUGGACUCCAAUUUUUUUUCUAAACUUGUCAUUAUGGUUUGUAUAGUUUUGUUUAGCUCAGCUAGUUUGUUAUUUGUGUCUUCUGGAAGCGUCUGGAUCACUUUGGUUAUUACUUCCAUUAUCUGCUUCGUUAUGUCUUCUGUGGUCCCUCUGUGUACCUCUCUGAUCUGUUUUCCAACCUCCUUUGAAGUAAUUCUCAUGUGUGGCUUAUCCUGUUCUCUAUCCCCUGGAUUGGCUUCAUGGAGCUAAGAGAUUCUGGAGGCAUUCUGUUGCCUUUUAGUCCCCCGUUUCUCUUGGGCUUUUUGUUUUAUUUUGUGUUAAAUUUAUGGAUGGUUUUAGUGUAAAGACUUUGUUGCUAGUGUAGAAAUCUUUUUAAAUGGUCACUUUUAGUGACAUAUUUUGGGCUAACUACAGUGGUACGUCAGUUGACAAAUUUAAUCUGUUCCCUGAUUCUGGGAAAAAUGGCCACAGUUGCAUCUGUCUAAAAUAGAUGGCCGCAGUCAUGUUGGUCACCAGAUGAAGAGUUUGUAAACAAACAGAAUUUUGCCAAAUGCUUCUGUUUGGAAACCAAAUUAUUGACAAUCAAAAGCAUUUGUGAACUGAGCUACCACUGUGACUCAGGCAGAGAGGUUUUUAUGGGGUUUCAAACGGGAAGUAGAGAGGUAGAGUCCGUGGCUGUCUUUGAUUGGUUUUUGUAAUAUGUUUGAUAAGACCAGCUGUGCAUCACAGUGACCAGCUGUUUCUAAGAAACAGAAGUAGCAGGAACUGAUAUCUGGGCAACUAACAGAAACUCAAGUACACUGGCUGUGGGAGUGUGGGGAUGUUUCUGUCACUCUGCGAUGUGGUUUAACAAGUGUAGAUCUCUUUGCAAUACCUCAGACCACUGAAGCUGUGAAGAAUAUGAUGCCUCACAUGUAGCAUUAUUUCCUCAGAAUAUGAUGUUCAAGGUCAUUUUCUUAGUUCAUCAAGCUUGAUUCCCAGUUCUUCCCAUCCUCUUGCCUAACCCCAUCCUCAGGCAAUUACAGCACACAAGCCUUUCUGUACCUUGCAGCAACUCUCCUCUCUUGUACCUGACAUCAGGAGCUUAUUAUUCUCUUCUCAACUGACUCGGUGACCACACCAAGUAAUAAAAAAAAUCUCUAUCAGAAAAUGAAAUAGUUUUACAAAUACUAAUGAGUUCCUUAAAUACAACAGGGCUCCACUGACACUUUUUCUGGGACAUACUCUUAAAUAGAAAAUAUUCUCAUAGAACAAACUAAAGUAUAUGUAACUCAACUGAAACUAUCCCAUGCAUAUUAUCAGAUCACAUAACAAUGAGAUUGGAAAUCAAUGGCAAAGGAAACCAAAGAACUAGUACACAGAUAUAGCUCAGAGACAUAAGUGCCUGCCUGGCAAGUGCAAAGUAUGGAGUGCAAUUCCAGAUACAUAAAAAGAAAGGAAGGGAUGAGAGAAAGAGAGAGAGAGAGAGAGAGAGACAGAGACAGAGACAGAGAGACAGAGAGACAGAGAGAGACUGAGAGAAAAGGGAUAAACCACAAGUGCUCCAUAAACAAAUGGAAAUUAAAUAACACCAUCCUAAAAAACCAAUGUGUCACAGAUGAAAUUAACAAAGAAAUUGGACAAUUUAUACACUUAAAAGAUAACAGUAGUACAACCAUACUUGAAAUUACAGGACACGCUGAAAGUAGUCCUAAAAGGGAAAUAUUUAGCAUUGAAUAUACUUAUCAGGAAAACAGAACAAGCUCAAAUAAUUAACUUACUGUUGAACCUCAAGCUUAUAGAUAGAGAAGAGCAUGUUAACGCUGAAGAUCAUAUGAAGGAGGAAAUUAUAAAUCAUAACAGAAAUUAAAGAAAUGGAAACUAAGAAAUCAAAGCAAAAAUCCAUGAAUGCAAUAGUUGCUUCUAUGAAAGAUUAAAUAGGAUGGAAAAAAACUCCUUAUCAAAAAGAGGAAGGAAAAGACUCAAAUCCAUGAAGUUGGGAAUCAAAAUGGUGAAAUGACAACAGAUCUCACAGAAAUCCUAAAAGUUCUCUGUUCCUGCCUCAACAAUUGGCAGCUAGUAAGAGACAAAUGGAGUAGAAAUAGAAAGAUUUUUUGAUACAUAAGAAUUACCAUAGCAGGAUCAAGAGAACACACAUAUUCUAAAUAAACCAGUUUCAGUGCCAGUAUGUCUUAAAUGCUAUAAUGUUCUUUGUGGGUAGAUAUUACCAUAAACUGUCCUUUCUUUACAGUUCAAUGUUCGUUAUCUCUAUUAGCAGAAGUUUCUAGCCCAACUGACCUACAACAUUCAGCAGAAAAACACAGGAACAAAGAAACACCAGCCAAUAAGAUGCCUCAAAAUUUUACACCUCCCCAAUAGCUAUCUGGCAGUUAAUAAAAAUAAAAUUCAGAAUGAAACCAAAAAUGAAUAGAGGAAAAUAAAAUGAUCAUAAAACACAAUGCCAUGUCACACUGUCAACAUCAUUUUUCACAUAGAUUAAAAUUUUGAUUCUGACAUUUCUGUAAAAAUAAAAAGACUCUAAAUAGUCUAAUCAACUUUGAUAAGGGAAAAAUUAGAGCUCCAACCCUGCCCAACACAAAUGGUUCUAAAUAUAUAACCUAAGCAUCACAGAGGUCAAUGAAAGGCUGGAGAAACACAGUAAGGUCUAAAAUUCUUAUUCCCUCAAAUUACUGCACAAAACUUUCAAGUCUAGGCACUGAAAUGGAUGUCCAGAUAAUGAGGCAUUUAAAACUCCAAGUAGCUACAACCAGAAAAGAAACUGUCCACACUGCAUUGUGGAAAAAUCCAAGAAAUCACAACAAAGAAAAAACACUAAAAUCCAUUAGAGAGAAAUAUGAAAUAACUUCUAAAAAUAAACCUCUAAGAAUAACUGCAGAUUUCUUAACACAGAUUAUCAGGCCAGGAGAGAUUGAAGGAGUAUAUUAAAUUAGAAUAAAUCAAUGCACAUAAUAAUUACCUACUAAAACAUAUUUCCAAAUUUACGAAGAAAUAAAGAAUUUCCAUGGCAAAGAGUCAUUUAAGAAAUUCAUGAUGAGCAAACCAGCUACAGAAACAUUGAGAAGUUAAUCAAAAGAAAGAAACCAGUAAAAGAAAAUAGUAAUAACUCACAAUUUAAAUAGCUUUACCAAUGAUUCUUUAAGGAUCAUGGACCACAAAGUCAGAGAUUCUAGAGAUUCAAAAAUAGAGCCAGGUGUAGUGACUCCCACAUGAAAACAGCACUGGGGAGGCUGAAGCAGGCAGAUCACUGCAAAUACCAUGGCAGCCUGAGCAACAGUGAGUUCAAGGCCGUCCUGAACUGCAUAGCAACACCCUAUAUCAAAACAGACCCAAAAAAUUGAUAACUCAACUAUGAAUGAAAAUGGUACAAACUACACACUUGACAAGCUCUAUCUAGAGUGUGGACUUGUUAGCUGUAAAAAACAUUCUGAAGAAAAGAAUUAUAAAAGAAACUGUGCAAACAACUAAAUUUUCAUUUUGAGUGAUCAAAUCGUUGGACACAAGUGACAGUUAAUAUAACGUGUACCCUCAGGAAACUCCAGAAGACAUCUAUGUCUUACCUUUUAAUUUUGUAAAUUAGUUUUCUUUGAAAGAAAACACUAAGUCAUUAUAAAUGCAUCAUCAUUGUAAAACUGACCACUUGAGAGUGGUUUUGCUUUUAUUAGAAUGGACUUGAAAGUUUUCUUUUGAUCCAACUAAGUGGAUGAAAAGCAAAGCAUUGUUGAAAUGAAUCCACUUGCUAUUUGGAGUAUCUGAGGAUACUCAUUGCACUGUGAGGUUAAUUUUCUGCCAAAUGAGUGAUCAUGGUAAUAGAUGUAGCUUUACAGCUUGUUUUCCUUGUGUGGUGGCCCUGGGCAUGCAAUCCAGAGCCUCUUGUAAGCUAGGGGAAGCCUGCUCACAGUGACCUACAACCCCAAUGCAUUUGAAUCUUUUUUAAAAAAAUGAUCUUGCUAAUUUUUCCAAUUUGACCACAAGUUCAAAUUGGAAUUAUAGCCAUGGGCCAGUCUACCCAUUUGGCUUUAGAUCUUUAUAUAGACAAUAAAAUUUGAUUUUAUACUCAGGGUGUGAAAGGGAAGAAAUUUAACUCAGCCUAGAUGAGGAUUUGGAGGAUUAUUUUAUAAUAUUCACCCAAAGAGUUCAAUGCAAAACUGUGGGGGAGUUUCAUGCACACACUAGACAUGCAAAGAACUCAGGUAAGGCCUAUAUCCCAUGGCACUGUCCUUCAUGACACUACUCCAGCUAAACACCUAGAGCCCAUGACCACACAUAUGCUCAGCUUAUGCUCACGUAAUACCACACAUAAGUUCAGCUUAGAGGACACGACAAUAUCUCAUGCAAGUCUGUGUCAGGAAUCUGCACUCAAUGGACCACAGGUCAAUGGUGGAAACCAGAAAGGCCUUCCCAGCACAGUGAAGGAUCAGUGUCAUCAGGGAGAGACCUCUGCUUUGAAACCAGGAAGCCAAGUUGAGGAUACUCAUAUUAUGAAAUAAAGCAGCAAUAGGCAGAUUGGUGCUUGAAAAGAACCUCAGCCAUCCUCAGUGACAGGACAGGAGCUGCUCUGACAAUGAGGACAGGUAAGUUCAUAUCAGGAAAUGCAGCGAUAAUAGUUUCUCAAGGAGAAUGAACAGCACCAUCUUCCUCUCCAGUUCUCCUUUGAGGCUGUUGGCAACAAUCGUCAGGUGUUCUUUCCAUAUCAAGAGCCAAGCUGACUCAAUUCAGCCGAGAGUUUCAAGUUGCCCAUUCAUGAAUUCAGCACAGGGCUGCUCUCUCACAAUGUGGGAGGUUGAGACUCUACUUUACGUCAAUUCCCUAUCAUUAACACAGUUUCACUGAUUGGAAUUGCUCUUCAAACAAGGAACAGACUACAUGCAUCUAGAAAAGGUAAACACCUACAGGUGACACAAAGUACAUAGGCUGAUUGUGAGAAGUAGAAAAAUGAUUUAAAUGCCAUACAUGUGUGUUCUUUAUGACCACUGGGGUGAUGUUUUAUAGGCAUUACAGAGGAUAUCUGCCAUACAAUCACCGCACACUGUCCUGACUCCACGUUUUCCUGAAAAUCAGACCUAAAAAGAACAAAAAAGUUGACAGUCCAAAUCUGCCUAUUGCUGCUUUAUUUGCCAUUGCAGAGUACCAAUCAAGCAGGAGAGCAGUGAGGCAUCAUCUUCAUAACAGUGGCCAUCCCCAAGGCAAUGAUCAGCAAGGGCUGAUUCCCAUUAGCUCUUUCCAGUUAGGUCUUACUUUCAGACAUACACACUCUGUCACUAAAAUGAAUACUCUACUUUGGUACUAAGUUCAUUAGCUCAGGAUGAAUAAUUAAUCACCUCUCUGCACAUGAAAGCAUCCAACUGGUAUGAAUCCACCACUGCUACUGCAGAAGUAAGACUCUGAACCAAACAUUUAUAUCUCUAAGGGAAAGUUACUGUGAAAUUUUCUAGAAAGUUGCACUACUUUCUAGUUAAAUGGAGAUGAAAAUAGACUCAGUAAAGAAAAGCACACUAAACUUCACAACUGUCUACAUGUAAAUCCCCAGCACAGUAUCUUCAGAGAAAAUGCUCCUUCAAUGGAAAAGACCCCACAGCACUGUGCGUACCACACACAAAAUGUCAAUGUACACACAUUGACUUAAAUGUGAAGAUACCACCAGGGCCUCGUAUCACCAAAAGGCAUCCUAGUUGAGCUGUUUCUAAGUAGCACACUGGAUUAGAAUAGAGGGUGUGAGGGGCUGGGCAUUUAGCUCAGCAGCGUGAGCACCUGCCUUGCAAGCAGGCGAUCAUGAGUUCGAUCCCUGGUACCGAUAAAAAUGAAAAAGACCAAAAAAAAAAAAAAAAAAAAAGAAAGAAAAAAGAAAGAAAGAAAGAAAAAAAGAAUAGAGGGUGUGUGUGGCUGUAAUUCCAGAACUCUAGGCAGCUAAGCCAAGAUUUCAAGGGAGUGUCCAACCUGAUCAAUCUUGUGGCUUAGAGAAAUAUUCAGUGUGUAUCUGAAAAAAUCAGUCUGAGGAUACACCUAUAAUUCAUUGUGGAGACACACGGUACAAACUCCAGGAAUGCAAAA